AUGUUAAAUAGCCGUCUAUUGAUAGCCGACGGACUGCUCUUCGUUUACAUCCUAUGGCUGACCGCAUCCAUACAGUACGGCUCGAUCGCCAGCACCGCCGAGAAGUGGUUUCGGUUUACAGUGAAAAUGUUUGCACCGAUUCUAGUGCUCAAUGCGCUGUCCGUUAUGGGCGACGGCCCUAAUUGGCAUUCAGGCCGACACUUGUUUGUCGACGCCUGUCAUCGCAAUUAUUGGAAAAACCUAUUGUUUAUAAACAAUUUUGAAAACCAACUCAUAGAUAUUUGCAACCCUUUCACGUGGAUUCUGGCCGUUAUAUUUCAAUUACAGAUAAUAUCACCGUUUCUUAUGAUACCGUUUCGGAUAUCACCCAAAUGGGGUUUCAUCACCGCUGCGUUUUGCUAUGCGAUGAGUGUUUUGGGUAUAGUUUGGAGCGAAAACUUUAAAGACAUGAAUAAAAUACAAAAUAAACUUAAUUUAAACAUUUGGUUCAUCUUUGGGAAGAUGUUGUGGUCAUUUGGCAACGUUUGGCUCAUAUAUAGCGUGUAUUCAAAUAGAAAUGGUGCAGUUAAUCGCAUGCUAUCCGCCAAACCUUUCCGAGCAAUAACUCGAUUGACAUUUGGUUUUUGUUUGGUUGCGUUUCCAAUCAUUAAAUACCGUGUUUUGACGAGACGAGAAAACAUCGAGAUCAGUCAUACAAAUCAACUCCAGAUUUUAUACCUCGAUUUCUCGUCAAUACUUGACAGCAGUCGCAUAGAGAUGAAAUUCACGUGCACUAGUUCCGGUUACAAAAUAACCGCUCUCGCCAAUCAACGCUUAGGUAUUGGAUUUUACAAAAUUUUUGACGCGACGGCAAAAAUACCCUCCGGUCUGACGACAGGAGUUGUGAGCUUUUUUGGUGAAUACGAUCAGUGCCUUCAGAUCAAGAGUCCGACAAUUGUGGACAAAACGGAUCAAUAUAUAUACGGAAAGUAUUGUUUACUCCGACCGUAUGUCUCGUAUCCCGACUUUAAAGCGUUACAAGAGGUGAAGGAAAUCCCGUUUUUAAAUGAAGAAACAAAUCGAUUGCUGCAAAAAAAUUGGACACCAAAUAUAAACUUUUUGAAACUAUUGUUGACAUACAAUCUUAUGGCCAAAAAGGCUUAUUUGUUUCACUUCGGAGUUUGUAUUCCUUCGACGUGUGAUGUGAAAGAUGUUCAAAGUGUGGUUCAAAAAGUAUAUCUGUUGAAAUUCAACACAAAUGUGAUGUCAUAA